AUGGACGAGCCGCCACCGAAGAGACCCUGCAGCAGUUUGUCUUCUCUUCGCGGCACUGCGACGGCUGCAGUCCAUGCCGACAAGCUGGCGGUGGAAGAAGAGUCAGUCCCGGAGUGGACUUUCUCGACGGCCGAGGAUGUGGCACCACCGCUGAGCCUUAGCACGACCUUCACGGCGCCUUCCAGUGGCCAGGGGCACAUCUACAGCCGUAUCUCCGCGCCGACACGGAGUCGCUGCGAAACUCUCCUGGGAAACGUGGAGGGCACGGAGGAGCAACCAGCUCACGCUGUGCUGUACAGUUCGGGUUUGGCUGCUGCGUUUGCCCUGUUUGCACACUUCCUGCCCAAGCGUGUCUUCAUUUCGGGUGGCUACCAUGGCACACAUCAGGUGCUGGGGCAGCUUCAGAAGAUCUCGGCCGGAAGCCGCUGCAAGUGCGAGCCUUUGCGAGGCCCUGAGGAGCUGGCGUCAUGCCUGGAAGCUGGAGACCUGAUUUGGCUGGAGACGCCUCUGAAUCCUUCGUGCGAUGUGGCCAACAUCAAGGCGUAUGUGGCGGCAGCAAAGAGUUGUCCGGGUGUCCACGUGGCUGUGGAUGGAACGUUUGCACCGCCACCGCUGCAGCGGCCGCUGCUCCUGGGUGCUGAUGCUGUGAUGCAUGCCACCACCAAGUCCUUGGCUGGGCACUCCGAUGUGCUGGGGGGCGCCAUUUGCGUGGCCAGCGCAGAGACGGCGGAUCAGCUCAGGAAGGACAGGCUCGCUCUCGGCUCGACGCCGGGUAACCUGGAGGUUUGGCUCCUUAUGCGCUCCCUGCGCACCCUUCACCUGCGAGUGCGGCAGCAGUCGGCCACUGCAACGCUUUUGGCCGAAUGGCUCGAUGCUGCCAGAACCGAUACCUCGCAUGCGCUCGCCGGGCUGAUCCACGCAGUCCACCAUCCAUCGCUGAAGUCGCACAAGAAUCAUUCUGUUGCAGUGGAGCAAAUGCCGGGUGGCUUUGGUGGCUGCUUUGCCCUGGAGCUGGUCUCGGAGGCUGCAGCGCGUGCUCUGCCCGGGUCCUUGAAGCUGUUUGGCAGCGCCACAUCUCUCGGCGGCGUUGAAAGCCUCAUCGAGUGGAGGCGGCGCUGGGAUCCGGCCAUUUCUCCUCUGUUGCUCCGGGUUUCAAUCGGACUGGAAGACUUUGAUCACCUUCGUGCCGACCUGCUGCAGGGCAUUCUUCGAGUGAGCUCCGAAGCAAAGUAG